AUGUCCACUUCCAACCCGCGCGUUGUACAGUCGCUGAAAUUAGGCGGGAACCUGUACGUUCCAUCCAUCUGGAUCAAUUCAGCAGGUUCCCUGACUCUGUUGCAGUCGAGCAAACGCAGUGAAUAUGUGAAACAAGAUCUCAAUCCGGAAGAAGUUGAAGAUUGGAUUGAGGAGAAGGGUACAUUCACCAACAACAACUCUAGACCCUUUCGAAGGGUGAGAUUGAUAUUCCCAUGUACCUCGCCAACAGCUCUGGAUGUAGACGGAAACUAUCUGUCAUCGAAUGAGACAUUGGAGCUGGCCAUAAGUCAAGAGAGAUUCACCCAGCUCACGCAACGGUACCAUUUCGCUAGCGUCUUGGACGCCUGGCGAUAUCGAUCAUUGUCUGGGUGCAGCGUCCGCAAGAUCGAGCACGAUAGCAGUGGAGAAGUCACAUCCAUCAUAUUUACAAUAUCAAUCCGACUAUCGGGGUCCUUUGCCUCGAUACUCGCUAUCAACCACGAUUUUGCAAAGAACUCCGCCGUUGUACUCGCCUUGCGAGUCAGUACAUACGAUCAGACCCUGCUUCAGCAGGCGUUAGAGCGACAUCACGACUUAAUUGGCCAUCCGCUCCUCGUCCCAACUACCCUGGUCGAGAUCUGUCUCGAGACUAACAAAUGGUUCUCAUUAAAGAUCCUGCGUGAACUCAGUGUCGUCGAAAAAGCGACGGGCCAGCAUGGAUGGCUCCAGAUCCCCGCAGCGGAUGCGCCAGCCCACGACAGCGAGCUUUCCAGGCUGGGACACGCAGUAAAGCAAUACAUCUCGAUCUCGCGGCGGCGCCUGGAUUCCAUUCAGUGUUACCUUGACAUGAUCAUGCGGAGUGUCAGGGACCUUGAGAAUCAUAUUCCAGAAGGCCGGGCUCAAUAUGAACAGUGGAUCGGGAAUAUUGAGCUUCUACUCAAAUUUCGCCAGGUCGACAUGACCUAUAGUGAGCGACGAGCGGACAAUCAGAUUACAGCAAUCUACGGACUCAUCAGCCAGCGAGAUAACAUGGUAGGCGUCUCCGUGGCCAUCGAAUCCAAGAAGGUAUCCGAAGCUUCCAAACGCGAUGGAUCCGUCCUCAAGUCGCUCGCCGUCCUCACGGCAGUUUUCUUUCCAGCCACAUCCAUAGCGACCCUUUUUGCACUUCCGCACUUCUCAGACACCCCAUUAUGGGUAUACUGGGUCAUCGUUGUCCCCCUGACCCUGGUCAUCUUCAGCUCGUGGGCAUGCUGGACAUUUUACCGCCAGCGCCAGAUGACGCACGAUUCCAGCCAUCGGGAUAUUGAAGAAGGGAUUCAGCUGCAUCCUGAACGAGAUUUUCCGCCGUCUGCGUCCUUCCUUGCUUCUACUCUGUGCCAGAUCAGGUCGCAGACGAAGCAUCUUCAUUCGCCUCAGUAG